AUGCCAGAGCUGAAUUCAAAAAGUGCCGCUAUUGCUAAGAAGGGUUUCAAGAAGGCGGUGACUGAUGCGCAGGACAGCAAGAAGCGGAAGCGCAUCCGCAAAGAGAGCUAUUCGGUUUACAUUUACAAGGUGCUGAAGCAGGUGCACCGGGAGACUGGCAUCUCAUCCAAGGCCAUGAUCACCAUGAACUCCUUCGUCGCUGACAUCUUUGAGCGCAUCGCGGGCGAGGCGUCGCGCCUGGCGCAGUACAACAAGCGCUCGACCAUCACGUCCCGGGAGAUCCAGACGGCCGUGCGCCUGCUGCUGCCCGGGGAGCUGGCCAAGCACGCCGUGUCCGAGGGCACCAAGGCCGUAACCAAGUACACCAGCUCCAAGUAA